AAAACUGCUAUCACUGACCGUUCAAACUUCAUAUUACUCUGUCAGACAUAUGUCAAACAUGGUCUACAAAACAGCCCAGAGCUUUAUACUGGUCCUAACCACUAUUUUCAUAUCUGUUCUCGGGCUUUCACCUCCUUUGUCAAACGAGGCACUGAAUGCCUUGGACAAAGACGUUCGUUAUGCUAUUCUUCAUUCCAAGAUCCACCAACAUCAUCACUUCACAAAGUCAUCAUUCAAGAGUAUGUAUGUUGGCGUAGGAGGUAAAAUCUACACAACACCACAAAUAUUCGCACAGACCAUCAAUGUUGACGCAACUCAGGCCGUUUCUGAUGACAUCCUAUGGAAGGCUACACUUAUUGUGUCCUACAUGGUGAAAAACAUGCCUACGGACGUAUUCUCUGGGGUAGCUAACAGCCAUGGCGUAGGGAUUUUCACUGCCGCUGACGGUGCCACUGCAUUUCCCGAGAACGCGCAUCUUGCGGACACUCCUCAGUGUCACGGCAUUUGUACUGGAGCAUGCGCAUACACAUGUACGUCUGACGGACGAAAGUAUUCAACAAUUGCCGGAAUUACCAAUUCCCGAUCUGUGGCACUUUCGAUUAAUGUCGGCUGCCAGCCUGGCGACCCACAAGGUGGACAGGAAAACAUACUUGUGCACGAGUUUGGGCACUUAGUUUUGAUGAAUAUGCCACAGUCAUACAAGAAUCAGGUGAUCACUGCCUACAACUACGCGGUCCAGCACAAUGUGUGGUAUCCCGGUUACGAACUUAGCAACAAGGACGAGUAUUGGGCCGAGGCAACCGCCUCUUUCUUCAACGUUAUUACUAGGGACGAUGGGCCUGCGGGAGGAAUGAACAAGUGUGAAUUUACCCACAUUUGUACCUCGGAGACAGAAAACAGGGCCUGGUUAAAGAAACACGAUGCAUGGCUAUUCAAUGUUCUCAGUCAAGUCUACACAAACAAUCACCCCGAGUACCCCAGUGGACUUCGGAUAUGUAUGUGAUUCGUACUAGAAAUAGGGUCUCACGUAAUACUUUAAAUAAAUAUGAAUCAUUAAAA